CGCAGAGAAGGCCGAGUUCUAAAUUCCGAAGAGCCACAUUAUUGGUCUGUUUGCAGCAAAACGCUUUGAGAGAAAGAGAGAUUUGUGGCACCGCAGAGAACUGCGUUGCGCCACAGCGGAUCUCUUGGGCUGCAUUGACAAGAGAUGGAGGGUGCAAUCCUGCACUCACUUACAUGGGAGUAAGGCCAACUGAACUCAGUGGGGUUUACUCCAGAGUAGGCAAGUAUGGGACUUACACCGUCCCUCUUUCAGAAAUGAAACUAGACUCGCUCUCCCCCUCUGCCUGUGUGUAGUUCUAUGUGCCCGGGAACUAAUGCUUCAACAGGCAAGCGCCCCUUUCUCCUCCUUCGCCUCCUUCCCCUACUCGAAAAGGAGGCCGCGCGCGCGCCCAAAGAGUCAGGAAAGCCGCAAGGCGACGGUUGCGGCGCGCGAGCCGCUUGAGGAGGCUGAGUGAAAACUUCAAAGCGCUCCUUCUCCAGCUAUUUAAAUUACCGCUGCGCUUCUCGCUGGAUAUGUCCUCGAGCGGCCACCGUCCGCCGCCCUCCUCGUUCCCCGCGUUUCCCCCUUAGCCCGCCGCAGGCCAGUCCUCUCGCCGGCGCAUAGAAAUGACGUCGGGGCACGACUCAUCCCUCCGCCGGUGGAAAGGUGGCGCGGAGAAUUGACGGAGAGAAAGGCCACGCCUCUAGAACGUAGAGAGAAGCCGUGCCGGAUCAGACCAGCGGCCGGGCAAAGCAGGCGUCCCGUUCUCACGGUGGCCAACCAGGCGCCCGUGAGAAGCCUACAAGCAGGAGCGGAGCACAAGUGUUUCUAGGAGCAUUACUGCCUCCCACAGUGGAGACUACAAUUCCCAUCAUCCCUGACCACUGGUCCUGUUAGCUAGGGAUGGUGGGAGUUGUAGUGCCAAAAAACAUCUGGAGGGCCGAGUUUGCCUAUGCUUGAGCAAUAGGGAAACACGGGUGGGGAAAACACCAGACCGGGGCGAGGCGUGGAAUCAGGAGCGCCCGGGCGGAUGCCUAGACGUCUGCUAGUGGUGUGUACAAUUAAAACAGAGGCUGUUCUCUGCCUAACUUGCCGCGUUGGGAGAUGCCCAAAUUUCGAAUGGUGCAAGAAUGUGAAAGGGCUUGGGGUUGGUUUGGGAGCAUCAAUGGCUGGGAGCAGUGCCGAAUUUACGUGUAAGCUAAACAAGCUAUAGCUUAGGACCGCACUCUCUUGGGGACCCCCAAAAAAUUAAAGGGAAAAAACUGGAUGUACAUUUCCAAAAUAUAAGAUAAAAAAAACAUAAAAUAAAGCCUACAUACAGCAACGGUGGCAAAUGGCUUUAGAUACCUAUUAGGUCCAUAAAUUGCCAUAUAGCAUAUAUUCAACACAAAAAACAGCAAAAAAAUUGUUGUUGACAAAGGACAGCUGGACAUAUAAAGGGCCCCAUUAUCAUCAUUAGCUUAGGGCCUCAUCAAACCUAAAUCUGGCCCUGGCUGGGAGUCAUGAUGGAUAUGUUCUCCCAACAUGAGAGGCAGUACGCUGCUAAAUGCCAGUUGUUGGGGGAGAACAGUAGGAGAGUACUGUGGGAAACAGGAUGCUGGACCAUAUGGGUAUAGUUUUUUGGAAGUGAAGCGGCAGGGAGUUCUCUCUGUCUAUGCAGCUCUCAACUCUUUAGGGAAGACUGACAGAUGGAAGUUUAGGAUCAGUGCUUUCUGUCUCCUAGAUGGACUACCUUCCUGGGCUGAUGAGCCGGAUCUGCCUCUCACUUCCCUCUACAGGACAUGUAGAAACCGCCUUCUUGGCUGUUGGACCUACUAUUGGUCUCAUCGGUUCAAUGUGCCUUUCUUCGCACACAGGCAAAGUCCCUAACUCCCCAAGAGUUUGAGACCGAUCGGCUACCCUCACCUGGUUUAGCUGGCCAGUCAAAGCCGUAGCUGUUCCUGGGGUAUGGCUGCUGUUGCAUGCUGACAGCUUCUAGUAGCUACAGGUGAGAGCUGAGUGCAGGGUGGGGACCAAAAGUGGACAGACUGCCCCAGAAGAAGCAUGUCCCCCACCAGAGGUACUACCCCUCUAAAACCCCAUACACCCUGGAGGUUAUGAUACAGGUUUAAUAAAUGAAUAAGACUAUCUGCACAUUAGGAAAUUUGAAUCACACAUAUCUAAUCUUACAGCUUCUGUGGCAGCACACUUUCCCCCUGGGGACUUACAACAGCAUCAAAAUAACCACAUAUUUUAAAGUUAUCCAUUCAAUGUAAGCCUGAAAAUGUCAUUUUAUUAAUUGGACAUCUAGGGUUCACCCUAAACUUGGCCCUCCAGCUGUUUUGGGACUACAAUUCCCAUCACCCUGACCACUGGUCCUGUUAGCUAGGAAUGAUGGGAGUUGUAGUCCCAAAACAGCUGGAGGGCCAAGUUUGGCCAUCACUGCCCUAGGCCAAAGAAUUCCAGGCCAAGCCCAACAUUUCUGUCAGGUCUUUCUGCUAGUCUUAAUAUAGCAUAGUGGCUACCAGGUCCUGGUUGCUUAUAAUGGUUAUCAGAUCACCCCAUCUGGAUUAUUUUUAUUUUUCAUUUAUUAAAUUUGUAUACUGCCCUUCACCUGAAGAUUACAGGGCAGUUCACAACAUAAAAAUACAAAAUGAGAACACAAAAUACUUAAGACAAAAACAAACCAAUAAACCCCUCCCACAAAAACAUUUAAAAAGCCAUAGAAUGCUUUGUCGACCAAAGGCUGAUGGAACAAUGACCUGGUUCUGUAUAAGGCAGCUUCCUAUGUUCCAAAUGUGGAAGGCAGCAGGGAUGCCCACAUAUGCUCCACUACAAUCAGGAACACUGAUAACACACGGUCCCUGAUUGUGCAAGAUAAUUCAAUUCACAUUCAAUUUAAAGUCAAUGAAAGCUCCUUGCAGAUCUUCCCCUCACAACUUGGGAUGGUCUGUUACCGGCUGGGUUGGGAGGAAACAUAUGAGGAUGUUGUGUGCAAUAUGGGAAGGUCACUGACAAAGUGGGUUUGCCAAUGCACAUGGGUAAAUUGAAAGGUGGGGCUCAUACUAAAACAUGCCUUAUUAGAAGUCACAAAGUUUGGUGAUGCAAGACUUUGUUAUAAACAAUGUAUAGUAAUCCCAUGAGGCAAGUUGACCUGUUUUAAGUGCUCAGGGAUUACACCUGCAAGUCACCAAACUUCCAUUUUUUCCAGUAAACAAUAUUUGGCUUUGCAUCAUACAGAUAAUAUCAGAUCAGGACAUAAGGCAGUCCCUGAAGUCUGUGAGUGUUCCAGCUAUAUAAUACUGUUAGAAAUCCGCUCUUGGCCUGUCGGGCUGCAUUGCUGACGUAAGAGCUUUGGGUUGAAAGCAAAUGGAAUAGAUUUCAUCUGACAAAUCCCUAAGGGUGAGUGGAAAAAGGAAACUACGUUGCUGUAAGCCUUCAAAUUAUUAUUCACUAUCCGUUUGUUAUCAAGGAAGGAAUAACAGAGGCUCAAGACAGCGGGAGUUUGAAGUUAGGCCUUUGCGGAUAUUAAAGAUCCUAUCUAGACAGUAUUAUAAAUCAUAGCUUGGACUGUGUUUAUGGGACUUGGCUGGUGUUGGAACAUCAGCCUUUGUGAAAGUAAUAUCAAACUGUUCUCUUUAAACUAAACCCACCAUAUUCAGAGUCAGACUAUGGUAAAAACCCAUUAAGCACUGCCAUGUUCGUGAUCAACACCCUCAUUGUUAUCAAAUAAGGCAAAUUCGGCCAGUUCCUAUGCACACUUAAACCUAUUUCAAUAAGACCUACUUAUAAGCGUGGAUAGGAUUGCAGCUUUAAACAGAAGAUGAAAAAAUAAUGGUAAUAUUCAUCCUUCAAGUCAGAAGUAACAACAAACAGCUUCCAGACAUCUGGGAUUGGGGACCAGGCUUAUAGGUGCGAAGGUGUGACUCCCGGGCUGCAUUGAGUCCGGCAUCUCUGAACUUUCUAGAAAUUGCCCACUGUGAAAGACAGGUGUGAGAAAAGGAACUGCCUUGAGUCAGACUUAGCACAGUAUUCCCUACUAAGACUGGGAGUUACUUUUCAGGUCUUCCAGCUCUGUACCUGAGACCCUUUCCAUAACAGAUGUCAGGAAUUAAGCUUUUCCUACUAUUGAGCUAUUGCCCUUCUUCUAGACGUGAUAGUUAUUAAAUUAGCCCCAUCCUUUUUCAGUUAUGCUCUUCUGUGGUCAAAACAAAACCCGACAGUGAUUAAGCCAAAGAAAUAAUGCAUAUAAGAGAUAAGGAAAUCCUGAAUGGGUCAGCCAGCCCAUCUUGUAGCCAGAGUAGCAUUGUCGGAAUUUAAUUUGUUUUUAGUAAUUGGGUUAGUACAAAAUGUUACUUAUUAGAGUUUUCUCUCCCAUAUGUUUCUUGUUUUUGAUUUUAUUUCUUCAUGCUAACAGGAAAAGUCCUUAAUUCUUUACUCAUGACAUCAAAAUGAAAACCAUUGUUCCAUCAUAAACACACACACAAAUCCAUGACCUCAUUUCAUGGAGCAGGAUCAAAGGACAGUGACAAGGUAAUAUUCUAGAGUAAGGUAAGCUUAAAUAAUUAAGAAGAAUACUAGAAAGGAAAUGUAAUUACUUUAAUUAAUUUAGUUAUGCGCCAAGUUUUAGUAAAAAAAUGAUUUUUUAAAAAAUAGUAACGUUCAUGUUCCCGGGGCUGGUUAUAUUUGCACGUGACUUUUCGCUGCAGUGUCAACACGCUGUCAGACUUUUCAUCUUGUAAUGAAUGAUCUCUUCAACUCCAGUAAAAUGGCGAUGGUUGAAAGUUUCUACAAACACAAAAGAGGUUUUCCCAGACAAACAAAGAAACAAAAGGAGUGGGACCCUAGGGAUAAAAAUGAAAAAAAAAAAUAGAAUGGGGAAAAAUUGAAUGUGCAAAUGAUGUUUUUAGUCAUCCAAAUAUAUUAAGUGCGCAUUUCAAGAUUAUCAAAUCAAUUCAUAGAAUCAUAGAGUUGGAAGGAACGAACCAUGUAACUUUUUGUAAUUAUUAUCUAGAUUUGUAUUCCAUCUUUUGUCAUUUAUAGCAAUGUCUGUAAUUUCCAAAAUAUCAUGAACAAUUAAAAAUAUACACAACUUAAAGCAAUAAAAAAGAAACAGAAUGGUCUAAAAAUACUGAAAAUGUGGCCUCACUGGUUCACCCCAAAUUCUUGGAAGAAUAAGGAUGUUUUUACUUGAUGGUAGAAACUCAUCAUGGUCUCCACCAUUUGAGCUUCCAGGGUAGGAUGUUACAUAGUCGGGGAGCCACAACAGAAAACGUUUUUGAAUGCACCACUGGUUGCUCAGACUGUGGGCACAUUACCAUUGACUCAGGCUCCAGUGCAUUCCCAUCACUGGUACACAUACAGUUGCUCUUCUCUUGAAGCAUCAGAUCCACAGCUUGAGGGUUCUUUCUCAACCCAGCCCUGUUCCUGGAUACCUAGGCAGCAACAGUGACCAGGAUGACCUUUGACCUUUUUAUCUUUUAUGCCACUUGCACCCUUUCCUGGAAAAACCAGACCUGGCCUCAAUUUCUCCUGCUCUAAUCACUUUCACAUUAGAUUUCUGUAAUGUAAUGCACUGCCCUUGAAGAUAGUCUGGAAGCUUCAGUGUGCAGAAUGUGGAUGACAGGCUUGUCUGGAGUUGGUAGAUCAGAUAACAGAAUCAUAGAAUUGUAGAGUUGGAAGGGACCCUGAGGAUCAUCUAGUCCAAUCCCCUGCAAUGCAGGAAUAUGCAGCUGUCCCAUACGGGGAUCGAACCUGCAAACUUGGCGUUAUCAGCCCUACACUCUAACCCACAGAGCUGUGCACAGAUCAGAUCACACCAAUCCUUUAUCAGCCAAGUGGAUGCUAAUUUGAUAGACAGACAUAACUUGGACCAAGUAUAUCUCAAGUAUUACCUCUCCCUUUAAGAGCUAGAGAGUGGCCAUGGUGCAGCCUCCCAAGAAAAUUUAUUUUAUCUAGACAAGAAGCAAAUACUGUUUUAUUUCAGGGAGCUAUUUUGGGAUCUCCUCCAUUUUAAGGAUUUUACUGCUACUGCUGCUUUUAGCCUUGUUGCAAACUUUGUAAAAGUUGCUUUAUUGUUUUUAGCCUUGUUGCAAAUCAUUGUAAUAGUUGCUUUAUUGUUUGUAAACUGCCUCGAAUAUAUUUUAUACUGAAAGGAAGGAUAGAAAAAGGAUGUUCGCUCUGUGUAGGAAGCUCUCUGUCUCUUAAUUUAACCAUGUUGGCUGAUCUCAAGAAACUAUGAACAAUCUUAAUAAACUCAAAGAUUAGUUGUAGCACUUAUAGAGUGAAGAAGAAAGCAUUAAUUUGAAAAAGCUGUUGCAACAACAGAAAAGGCACACACAAAUCUUGCUUAAAAAGCCAUUUAUCUCUAAUAUUAUGUAAAGGAACCAAACCAUAAUUUACGAGGCAGCUAAAUCACCUCAAGCCUUCUUAAACAUGAAUUGCAUGAAAAAGCUCAGAGCACAAUUGGUUGCUGUUAUGUUCACCCCACUUCUCUGAGUGAUGAAAAGUUCUGAGGGCACAGCACACACCUGAAUUUGGUUUCCUUUGCAUGAAGGUUACUUGAGACUUAGGGUGUUUUGUAAUGUUUGAGUUUAUUUAAAAUUAUGCCGACUGAACAAAGAUAUCCAUGAAAGCAACAGUGAAGCAGAAAAUGAGAUGCUCUGUUAAAUUACAAAUGAAUCAUUUAUUCUAUAUUUCUUCCAUCAUGGAGCUCAAGGCAGCAUAUAUGUGGUUUCAGGUACUCACCCACCCUAGCACUGACCCAGAUCCAGACCUCAUCAGUUUUAGAAAGACGGUGGCCUCAUGUGUCCUCAGACUAUACCUUGAGACCCUGAGAGGUUUGUGCUUUUUCCUUCAAAGAUAAUAAAAUAAUAAAUACAAGACAAAGGAAAUGAAUAUGUAGAGACUGUUCCGUGCCCCACAUUUGCUAUUUCAAUAUUAUUAUUCUGUUGUGCACAGCCCCACCUCCUGGUUCAAAAGCAAAAAAAUGAGUGAAAGAUUGCUCCCCCAACCUUCAAACUUAUUGCUCUAUUUAAAGGAAGUCUAUGAAGAGUAUUGUUACAAGCCACCACAACCUCCACAACAGUGUUAGAUUCCAGGGGUCCAGGCACUUACCCAGGAUUCGUGUUUCCUUUGGAAAUGAGGCACAGCGGAGACUAUGGUGUCUUUAAGAUAAUAAGGUUUAUUUACACUUAUAUACAACCUGAGCCUGCCAUGGAGGGGUUCAGAGCACUGCCGCUGCCCCCGCCACCCAUAGACGUAGUCCUGGAUUCAAAUAAAAAAUAGACAUCCUCAAAAACAUGGCCCUCUCUUCAGCUUGCUGACUUUUAGAAACUGCCACAAAACUCCAUCCUAAAUUACCCUUUGUCUUUCUAACUAACUGACCAUUGAGGGAGGGGGCCCCCUUCCCACUUGCCCUCUGGCACACAGCCACUCCUUUUGAGGCCACCUGAGCUUCAAGCGACAGCAAAGGAUUCAGGAGUACCCCCAAGUUACAUGCCCGCUCCUUCAGGGAAGGAAUGGAAACCCUAGCGAGGGCAGAUUAAUGUUGCCAUGUACUGCAGUAAAUAUUUUUAAUUAUAUUCAGUGCUUUUUUUCUGGGGGGAUGAAGGAGUAGCAUACCCCUAAACAUUUUGUGAAUCUUUGUACUUUUGUCCGUUUACUGUAUUUAAUUUUCCCUAUAAAAUGGUGAUUUUCUUGAGUCAAAAUGAGAGUACCCCUAGACAUUUUUUACAGGAAAAAGCACUGACUAUAUUACAUCCAGCCAAACCUAGACAGCAUCUUAAAAAGCAGAGACAUCACCUUGCCAACAAAGGUCCGUAUAGUUAAAGCUAUGGUUUUCCCAGUAGUGAUGUAUGGAAGUGAUAGCUGGACUAUAAAGAAGGCUGAUGGCCAAAGAAUUGAUGCUUUUGAAUUAUGGUGCUGGAGGAGACUCAAGAGUCUCAAGAGGACUCUCAAGAGUCCCAUGGACUGCAAGAAGAUAAAACCUCUCAAUUCUGAAGGAAAUCAGCCCUGAGUGCUCACUGGAAGGACAGAUCCUGAAGCUGAGGCUCCAAUACUUUGGCCACCUCAUGAGAAGAGAAGACUCCCUGGAAAAGACCCUGAUGUUGGGAAAGAUGGAGGGCACAAGGAGAAGGGGACGAGAUGGUUGGACAGUGUUCUCGAAGCUACAAACAUGAGUUUGACCAAACUGUGGGAGGCAGUGGAAGACAGGAGUGCCUGGCGUGCUCUGGUCCAUGGGGUCAUGAAGAGUCGGACACGACUAAACGACUAAACAACAACAUUACAUCCAGCCAAACUGAAAUGCUUCUCAUUCCCAUCGAAUUCUUCGGGAGAGUAAAACUAAAGUUUGCAGUCCUGUGCGUGCCUUAUUUUGUGACAUGUAUAGGAUCGCACUGGAAGAUCGGCAGGUGUAUCAUGCCGUAUAUUUCACAGAGGGGGUGCCGACGGAGGCUGGUCUAUGAGGGCAUAUGGGGCACCGCCCCACCACCCUCUUGUCUGUCUGCGGCGACAGAAACGCCUGAAGGGAGGAGCAGGAGGAGGUUGGUGGCGGUGCACGGCUUUCGACGCGGAGGAGUUUAAGGCUGUGGGGGAAAAAGGCUCUGCCCCGCGGAGCCUUGUGGCUGUGGGGUGACCCACCCGGGUAUGCAACGCAGCAGAGUGCGGACGAGAGGGGGACCCCCCGCACGUGACCCCCUGGCAGUCCAGUUCCGAGCGCAAAAGCGACCGAACGCCGCCGCGCGCCCCUUAAGCCGCCCGCGCCCCCGAAGCCAAGCAAUUCGCGUUCCAGCGCCGCAGCCCGCUCGCCGAUUGGCUCCUCGGAGCGAGGGCGUGGCCGCGGCGUGGCAGGAUGUCACGUGGGCGUUGCGCUGCAAAAGCGGGGCGUGCGGGAGCGGCGGCCACCUUGAGGGCAGCGCUUCGCGACGGGGCAUCAUGCCGUACGUCCUCAUCAGUACUCAGAUCCGCAUGGUGAGCAGCUCGGGGAGAGCUCUAGGUGGGCUUGCCGGGAUGGUGCUGAGCAGGAGCCCGUCGGUGCCCAUGCCCAGGAAGGCGAGGGGCGGCCCCGAAUGAGUUGCUGCCCGCCCGUGUCCGCUUGCAGAGGGGGACUGGGGCGCGGGACAGAGUUGAUCCCAUUUGCCUUGCAGGAGGUGCCGCUGCUUCCAGGCUAUAAUACGUCCCUGCAUUAAAUAGCGGCCGGCCCUUGUUUCUCGCUUUGGCCUCUGAGCGUGCAUAAGUAUUUUCGGAUCCCGAUGGGGCUGCCUCUUUCUGUGCCUGUGCUGGUGGCGGUGUGAUUGGCAAACCCCCCCCAGGGUGGCUUUGUGAUCUCGGCAUGGAUCGAAACAUACCUGGCUGUUUCCUGGUUUCCUUCCUUUUUCAGGGAUGCCACCUGCUAAAGUGUCCAGGUAACUUAGUGCAGCAGUUCUCAACGGAUGCUCGACAGGUGGCUUCUUCCGCUGAGCGAUGGUCCCGAGGGUGGUCUGUCUGUUAGCGUGAACCUACUGUGGAUAUAUCUCAGUGUAUCAGACGGGCGCCAAGUUUGCCUUUUUGAUGCUAAAAGUUGCUGUUAUUCAGGCUGAGGAAGCAACCAGUGAUUCUGUAGAAUAGUUGCGUGAUAAGACAGUUUGCAUGUCCUAGAUUACAAACUGAUAGCGCUUACUUUUUGUCUCCUUGACAAAAAUAACGGACUGAAGUCCAAUACUGUAUGUUAUAGCUUUGCAUGACAAGCAGCUUGAGUCUGAUGUAAAUUUAGACAAUGCUGCCAGAAGUUCUGUUACAUGUGAAUGACUAAUAACUGCUUAUUUAUGUAGAAGAUUUUAGUAUUCAAAUCAAUUUACAUAUUGGUACAUUAUUGUUGUAAUUCUUAUGACAGCUCCACAAGUUAGGGCAGUUUUAUUACUCGCAUAUUGUAGAUGGGAGGCUGCGGCUCAAAGAAAGUGGUUAGGUUAAUAUUAUCUAUUUUCAUGCCUGAGGUAAGAUUUGAACCAAGGAAUUCCUGAUUCCUAUAUUAGACUGUUAGCUACUGCACUGUACUAGCUCAUCCUACAAAAAAUGGUAGAAGGCUACUAUUUUGUAUAUUGUACCUUUUCUCCUAGGAGUUCAAAACAGCAUAUAUAGUCUCCUUCUUUCUAUCCUCAAAACAGACCUGUGAGAGGGGCAUAUAUAUGUAUGUACAGUAUGUGUAUGUGCAGGCAUGUAAGUAUGUAUGUAUAUAUGUAUUUAUGUGUUUGGUGGUUUGUAUGUGUAUGUGUAUAUGCCUAGAUGGAACCAAAUGAGCACAUUUAAAGCUGCUUGAUGCAUUAUAUUUUAUCUGCACACUUAAAAAUGUAAUGUGACGCAAACCCCAGGGAAAGGACCAGAGCUAAGUAGUAAUGCUUAUGCUUUGCAUACAGAAGGUUGGGAAACACUCUGAAAUUGCAUACCCUGUGAAUAUUAUUUCAGCACUGCUCAGUCUGUAAAUUACAGUGGAAAGAUUCCAUGCCAUGGUAACUCCCAUUGUUUGCAACUUGUGUACAUAAUGCAGAUUAGGCAUAUCUUCACUCACUCUUUCCCAUAAUUUAGGCUGGAAUCCUAAACACAUCUGAGAUCAUGCAUCGUUAAACUUACUUCUGAGUGGAUAUUUAUUGGAUUGUACUGGGCAUGGAAGGGACGAGGCUAGGCAUGGAAGCCGCAUCUCCUAGCCAACUGAAAAUGUCACUUGGCCUUUGCUGAGCACUGCCCCCACACAUUCCAAUUUAUUUUUGCCCAUAAGGACUAGAAGCUUGAGCCAAGGGAAAGGAAAGGAAAACUGUAAAGCUGAAUUUCUGGUCCCCUUUUGUACUCUAUGCUUUUGUGGAAUCUCAGAAUACCAACAGCUUUGUAUGUGGUGGCAGCUUUGUAUAUGGUGGCACAUAUACCAGUUCUUUUCUGCUUUACUAAGCACGCAUGCCUGGAGCCACCCCUUACUCCUAGGUUUGGCUCUGCUGCUACACCAGUUCCCUCAACCUGCAGAAAGCUUAUGUAGUGAUUAAACUGUGACCAGUCUUGGUUGAGCGGUCGCUCUGAUUUUCUUAUAGGGUGGUUGUAUGACUAUGAGCAUUCAUCUUGAUUUGCUUGCCUUCCCAUUAUUCAGUCAUUUAUCCUACAUUUCCCAGUGCAUUUCCAUGUCACUUUUUGAGCUGCAAAAAGUGUGUUAAGUGAAUUUGUUGCAUUGCACCAACCUAAAUCUCUGAUACAUGUUUUAAUAAUAAUAAUAAUAAUAAUAAUAAUAAUAAUAAAAAAUACUACCCCACCCAUCUGACUGGGUUUCCCCAGCCACUCUUGGGUGGCUUCCAGCACAUAUAAAAACAUAAUAAAACAUCAAACAUUAAAAACCUCCUGGUACAGGGAAAUCCCUUCUGCAAAAUAGUGACUGCUGGGAAGCACUUUGAGUCUAGCUUUUUUAAUGUGUUAUUUCUCAACCUGAGUGACUUCGGGCAAAGGGGGGCAGGAACUGUGCAGAUGUAUUGCUCUGUUCUUGCUGGGUAGAGACUCUAGCAGAGUCCCAUUAUAUUCAUUGCAGGGGCCUCUGUCUGCCAGCCAGAGUAUCAAGCUGCAUGGGCUAGGUGUAUUGAAUGUUAGCAAAGGAAAGAAAUGGAGUUACAAAACAACUGGAAACUGAGUGAAGAGUGGCAAAGGGCAACGUGGAAGAAACUUCCAGUCAUUUUUAUCUGUAAACACAAAGGCAGUGUGUUGCAGUGCAUAGUGAAUCAAAUGGGGUUGCACAAUCGUGCUUUAAAAAUCGAAUAAAACUUAAAAAUUCCAGUUCCUCUCUGAUACACAAAUGGAUACUCUUGCCCUCAUUUGUUAUGAAAAGCUCUAUCAAGUUUCACCUUUGCUCCCUUGUGUCUCUGUGUGGUACACUCUACAUUGCAGCACAUUAAAAAAAGAAGUUUUUAAGAAAUCUGUAGUGGAUCAUGUCGGAUAACCAGCCUCAAAUAACCUACAUGCUUAGGUCUAAUUUAUGCGUGAAGGGAUUAAGACCAUAGAGUAAGCUGUCUUGCAAGGCUUAGCCCACCUUGGGCGGGACUAGGUAAUCAAGACUUCGUUUCUGUCAGCCUACCUUGGUUGCUCGAAGCUCAGACCACAUGACUCUAACAAGCCUUUCUUGAAUUCCUAUACAAAUAAUUUAGGAACUUUUACCACUGUAACUAAGUCAGGUUUACUGCCUGCAACUUCUUCUGAAUGCUGUGUGGAAAAGCACAUGAAUAUGACCUUUGCAGAGUUUGUAAGUAAACCAUUUUUAACUGACCAAAUGUGUGGUCUUUUUCUAUGAUGAGGAAGAAGGGUUUUUUUGGAAUUUACAGGGGGAUAAUUUAAAGGUCUACCAGCCUAUGCUUCCAUGCUUUACUUUGCUGCAUAUUUUGUGAUGUGAAAACUCUGCUGGGGUUCUCUCACCAAGGAGUACUUGCCCCAGACUUGGAUCUUGGCAUCUAGAAAUUCUCCUUUUUUUACCUACAGUAUUUUCCCCUUGCCACCAACAUAUCACACAUUUGCUUAAGCAAUAAACACCACAAUCCUACUGUUUACUCACAAGUAAGUUGAGUUCAGGGUGACUUGCUCCCAAAUGAAUUUGUUUAGGAUUACACCCUCAGUAUGAAUAAAUUCUAGCUUUCUAUAGGAGUCUGACAUUUUUUUAUUUGCAAUGCAUAUUUUGUAGGAAAUGAAAGGGGAGCAAAUUUUGAGAAGCUUUAGAACACUGACUAGACCAUUAACUAAUAUGAAUAAAGAGGGGGGGGGAACCAUAGGGUGACAACAUUUUGUUGUCUGCCUACAGCCGUUUCAAACAAUGCAAGUUUCUCUUUCCCAAAUACAGUCCAGGGAUGUACAAAGCUUAUUCACCAGUUCCUGCAGCACUCGGUCCCUUUACUCAAAGGGCUUAUGAAGCUGGAAUGCCAAGUCAUUUCCUGGACAAAUUGGCCAGGAAACGCUGUUGCACUGAAUAUGUUUUCUGCUGGACAAGAGGGUUUGCGAGGUCAUUUGGCUAUGGCGUGCUCUUGUAGACAUUGCUCUGCAGUGCAUGCCACAGUGAGCGUGAAAGAGCUCCUUCGUGGUUUCUGAAUAAGCUGUGGCAGUUGCACUGUUUUCUUCUUUCCCUUUCCUGAACCGUGGUCUGGUCACACAGUGGACCCUUUUAGCGUUGCAGCCUCUUUGUCGCACAGCCAUUGUGGGUUCCCUUUGCUGUUUGGCAAGCAUCUUGACCUUUGGGGUAAAAGUUGCUUCUUAGCAUAUUUUGAGACUCCAUGCUCUGAACAUUUUAAAGCAGUAUAUUUGCAAAGUGGCUCCUUUGAGAUCUAAGUAAGAUUUUGCAAGCAUUCAAAUGGUUCACCUUUAGCUUGUGGUGAGUAGGAAGUGGCUCCAGGCAAUUAGUCAAAGCUGCUGCUGCUGCUUCUUCUUCUUCUUCUUCUUCUUCUUCAGUGGAAAAGAAGUGGAAGUGCUCUCCGCCUCUCUCCUUGCUCCCCUUAUAGGUUGAUAUGACUUGUAAGUUUGGGCAGGCAGGCUAGGAAAAAGUGUGGCUAGUGAUCUUGGUUGCAGCUAAGGCUUGUUCAGCGUCCUAAGUGCCUCUAAGUAGCGUAACUGUUUAAACAGUUAUUCUUCUAACCCUUCACUGCGUUUCUCUUCUCUCUAGUUAAUCUGAAUUUAAGCAUAAUAACUAACUUGGCAGGAUAAACGAUGCAUAUGGAAAUCCUGGUGUCCCUUGUUCAGCCUGCAGGAGGAGCUCUAGCAGAAUGUUUCUCGUUUUGCAUUCCUGCUGUAUCCACCUUCCUGGGCCAUGCAUAGAAGUCUCUGAGUCGCUAUAAAUAAUAUCAUCAUUGGAAUAAGGAAAAAAUAAGAGUAAUCACUCAAUAUCAGGAUGGCCACAAGUUCCUGACCCUUGGAUUAGAUGGAUUAGACACUCUUGCUAGAUGGACUGAAUGAAUGCCCUGAUCCCAGUAUGAUUUUCAGUAAUGAAACCGGGUAUUUCUCCCUGCAGGAGGUUGGGCCCACCAUGGUUGGGGAUGAGCACUCUGACCCAAACCUGAUGCAUUACCUUGGGGCCACGAAAAGAAACAUGCUGGGGAACCAUUUGUAAGUAUUUCUGUGGGUAUUUGAUCUCCCAUCUUUUUGCUUCUCCAUCCUUUGGUUAACCAGUCAGAGAUUUUGAGAGUAUAACGUGACUGUCGCCUUUUGAUUUUGCAUGUGCACUGCAAAUUCAAUACUUAUGGGCAAUUCAAAUGUCCUUGUGUUCAUCACAGGAUGCCUGCAGUAUCAAAUAGCGCCUUGCAUGUGUGAAUAGGCCAUCACAGCUACAGCACUGCAGGCAAGAUGUUUCUAUCACCUCUCAAACUGGAGGUUUUUCAGUGGAUUUCGUUCCACACAUCCAGUUGCUAGUCUAAAUGAAACAAAAAUAAAGUAACAAGUGUAGAUAAGCCAAGUGAAUAUGAGAACCAGACUUCAGUUUAGUUUUUAGGCAAUACUGAGUUCAAUAGACGAGUGGUUUGACCCGUACAGUGUAAGGCAGUUUUUUAUAUGUUCAUAUGUGAAUUGGAAUCUAAAAUUUGGAGGCACAGUGAAAAGUCCAUUACCAACUCAGUGUCUGCAUUCUAUGUCAACAUGUGGAGGGCACCAUGUUGGCUACCCCUGAUCUAAGUGGUUAAAAACAUUUCCUCACACACUGCAUCUAUGGCCAAACCGUGCCCUGCUGGUCACCUUCAUCAUUCAGCUCUGUGAAAACUAUGUGUAUUCUUUAGGAUGGAUGGAACACUCCACCCUGCUGCCAAGAUGUUUCCUGGACUUCAGUCCAAAGUAAAUGAAAAGAGUCCUCUUCAGGCCUAGCUGGAUCCACCCCUUCCAUCUCAUCCCCUGCUGGCCCUGCCUCUGCUAUCCAUGCAUUAGGGAGGGGAAAAUCUGAAGCAAGAAGCCUGCUGUAUACUUGUACACUCGCAGGUCAGGCUCCCUGCUUUAGACCUUUCCACUCAAUGCAUGGGCAAUGGGGUUGUGACCAGCAAGUGUGGCCCCACUCUUCCUCUCAUGCAGUAAACAUUGUGUGAGGGCUUAAUGCCAGAGUAGGGUUGGAACAACAGUAAAAAAAUAAAAUAAAAAUGAAGGCCCAUUCAUGCUGAUAAAUUUCAGGAGGAGUGUUCCAGCCACUGUCCCUUGCAGGACUUUCAUCUUGCUUCAGCCCCUAAAUAUAUAGGAAGCUGCCUUGCACUGAGUCAGACCAUUGGUCCAUCUAGCUCUAAAUUCCUGCACUGACUGGCAGCAGCUCUCCAGGAUUUCAGGUGGAGCUCUCUCCCAGACCUACCUGGAGAUGCCAGGGAUUGGACCUGGGACCUUCCGCAUGCAGGGUAAAUGUUUUACCACUUCCUCAUCAUUAGUUCAACUUCUGCCUUGUGCAUUUUCCCCUUCCUGUCCUCAGUCUGUUUUCAGUCUGGUGUUCCUUUGACACUCUCUCAAGUAUGUCUGAAGCCCUUUUCAGGUGUUAUAAUCUCCCCCACAAGUAGUAUUGUGUGAUGAAGAGCACCCAAAGCUUUGGCCCACCAUCACUGUUAAUGUCGCCCUCCAAUGCUGGAGAGUGAACUUUUGAAGCAGGAAGCCUCCUAUACUUGUGGAAGGUCCCCACACAAUACAGAACCCUGUAAUUACGAUUUAAACACACAGUUUUGAAGGUGAUACUUUAUUGUUUCAUAACUAUAAGGUGAGACUGAAAAUCUCUUGAAACAAACAAGUAUUUCAGAUUUGAAGAAAAAGAAAAUUAAGGAACAUUUUUCUCCCACAUGAAUAUUUACCUCAGAGAUAAGAACUAAGAAAUGGUGAAGAAGAACUAGCAUCCCCCCCUUGUCAUUUAUAAUCAUGCCCUUCUUAAAACCACAAUGCACUCUUAAUGAUGUUUUCUGCUCUUUCCCUUCUCAUUGUCGUAUUCCCUGAUCGUACAGUUUAUACUUGAAAGCAACUAUUUUACUAGUAGAGAAAAAGCGAUUUAAUGUGUAAAAUUGCAUUGCUGGAAAAUGGCAUUUGUUGGAAGCACCAGCUUGUCUUGAGAGGCCCCCUAGAAUUCUGAUCAGCUGCCUUCCUGCAAGUGCCUUCAAGAAGGAGUGAGGACCUUUAAGCCUUGGGUGAUGAGUGUGGCCCUCGAGGCCUCAUUUUGACCCUUGAGACUGUCCCUAGGCCAAGCCCCCUCCAGGUGUGUGCAUGUGGGGGAAAACAACCCUCUGGCUUUUGUGUGGACGGAAUGUAGCUUCAUGUCGAAAGGUAACAGGGAGAAAUGUAAAGUAUUGCACUUGGGCAAAAAAAAUGAGAGGCACAAAUACAAGAUGGGUGACACCUGGCUUGAGAGCAGUACAUGUGAAAAGGAUCUAGGAGUCUUGGUUGACCACAAACUUGACAUGAGCCAACAGUGUGACGCGGCAGCUAAAAAAGCCAAUGCAAUUCUGGGCUGCAUCAAUAGGAGUAUAGCAUCUAGAUCAAGGGAAGUAAUAGUGCCACUGUAUUCUGCUCUGGUCAGACCUCACCUGGAGUACUGUGUCCAGUUCUGGGCACCAAAGUUCAAGAAGGACACUGACAAACUGGAACGUGUCCAGAGGAGGCCAACCAAAAUGGUCAAAGGCCUGGAAACGAUGCCUUAUGAGGAACGGCUAAGGGAGCUGGGCAUGUUUAGCCUGGAGAAGAGGAGGUUAAGGAGUGAUAUGAUAGCCAUGUUCAAAUAUAUAAAAGGAUGUCACAUAGAGGAGGGAGAAAGGUUGUUUUCUGCUGCUCCAGAGAAGCGGACACGGAGCAAUGGAUCCAAACUACAAGAAAGAAGAUUCCACCUAAACAUUAGGAAGAACUUCCUGACAGUAAGAGCUGUUCGACAGUGGAAUUUGCUGCCAAGGAGUGUGGUGGAGUCUCCUUCUUUGGAGGUCUUUAAGCAGAGGCUUGACAACCAUAUGUCAGGAGUGCUCUGAUGGUGUUUCCUGCUUGGCAGGGGGUUGGACUCGAUGGCUCUUGUGGUCUCUUCCAACUCUAUGAUUCUAUGAUUCUAUGAUUCUAAGAGUCGCAUCAAUUGCUGCAUCCACUUUUACCUCUAACCCCACCCACCACUGGCAUGUUUCCCCUGGAAGGUGGUACAUGAGAGAAUGUGGCCUUUGGACUGAAAAAGAGUUACCUGCCACUGAGUUCUCGUGCUCACCAGAGAAGUGUCCUUGUUCAUUUCCAGCAGGUGUGUGGCAACUAUGUGGUGGGAUGUAACAACAACAACAACUUUAUUAUUCAUACAACAGCAGCAGCAGCAACAACAACAACAACAACAACUUUAUUAUUCAUACCCUGCCCAUCUGGCUGGGUCUCCCCAGCUACUCUGGGUGGCUUUCAGCAUAUCUAAAAACACAAAACAUCAAGCAUUAAAAACCUUGAUGCGAGAGGAAUCCUACCUGAGACCUUGUUUUAGAUUGGAUAUAGUCAAUAUGGUGCCCUCCAGAAUUUGUGAAUUGCAACUCCCAUCAGCCCCAGAAGGCAGGGCCAAUGGUCAAGGAUGAUGGGGUUUGUAAACCAAAACAACUGGAGGGCAGCACGUGGCCCUUCCCUGCUCUAGGGCUUGCUGUGAGAAGUGUCACUCCCUCAUGUCAACUUUUGUACUUGUCUCUGGCUGAUGUGUCUCCAAACAUUGCAAGUUCUAAUUCUUACCCCAUCCAUUUCUAGGAUGCAAUCAAUGUUUAGUCAGUAGAUGCUUUUCCUGUCUCCAUUGCCACGGCAAAAAGCUGCGUAGCUUGCCUCCUCCCUUUUGUAAUUGAAGAGGAGGAAGAGGGGGAAAAACAAAAAACAAACCUGCCUUGGUGGAAUGUAGGGCUAUACUUGGCAUCUUUGCUGUGGGUGUGAAAACCUGCAUUCCAGGAAGGUUAAGUCAGAGGGAUCAGUUUAGAGAACCAAGUAGGAACACAACCAAGGGAGGCCUAUUAAAAUAUCAAGGCAGAGAUUGAGCCAUACUAAGGGAAGAUUGCUUUUCUAAGCAAUUAUGGCGCUCUUCAAGUUGUAAACGACUUGUGAAGGGCAUAUCUACAACACUUAAAGUGUUAUAACUAAGUAGCUUCUAACUGUAUUAAAAAUCCAGUUGCACUAAAUGAUUAUGCAGGUAAUCCACUCUUUCAGUAAAAUAAUUCCUGUUAGUUUUAAAGCAGAUGUAGGGAACCUGAGGCUCUCCAGAUAUCGUUGGAUUCUAGCUCCAGCCAGAAUGGUCAAUGUUGAGGGAUGAUGGGAGUUCUGGUUCAGCCGGAACUGGAAGGUCACACGUUCCCCACCCCUGUUUUAAAGGUGCAAAUGGAUGGUUUUUUAAUUGAAAAAAGUAUUUUGGAGUAAGCCUGGAAAUCUUAAAACAAGCAUGCAUCAGCUGGGAUUACAAAUGUAGUUAACAAGAAAGUACCUAAAUAAAUGGAGAUUGUGUGGCUUGAUCUGGGUCAUACACAGCCAUGGAUUUCCCCACGGAGCAAGACAACCUCUCAUCUAGCUCGAAAUAUGUGGCAAGAACCACAGAAAUGUCAAAAAUGUUUCGGCGAUGUUAAUUAUCCUUUGUUUGGAUGUAUCAAGAGCAGAGUCGAUUUGGAUUCCCUUGUUAAUUUCUUCUUAUCAGUUAGAUUCCCAAGUUGUAGGCCGUCCUUCCUAUUUCCUCAUUAUUCAAUGGGCAUUUUAAUGUUUCUAUAAGUGACCCCUAAACUGAAAAAAGAAGAUAAGCUGAAGAUUCCACAGCCAAGUUCAACUCCAAACUUGCAUUUACAAUUGGUUUUGACCUCACUCUGCCAUGAAGUGUGUAAGCUUCAUGCUAAUCCUAUCUAGAUCACCCAAUACCCAAGUUGGCAAGAGCUGAUGGGAGUUGUGGUCCAAAACAUCUGAAGGGCACCAGGUUGGAUAAAGCUGCUCCAGAUCAGGGGUCGGCACCCUUCUUCAGCCGUGGGCCGGUCCACUGUCUCUCAGAUCAUGUGGUGUGCCAGACUAUAUUUUGAAGAAAAAACAUGAAUGAAUUCCUAUGCCCCACAAAUAACCCAGAGAUGCAUUUUAAAUAAAAGGGCACAUUCUACUCAUGUAAAAACAUGCUGAUUCCCGGACCGUCCGCGGGCCGGAUUGAGAAGGCAGUUGGGCCGCAUCUGGCCCCCGGGCCUUAGGUUGCCUACCCCUGAUCUGGAUGGUGUGAUUGGUCUGUAUGGAGCCUACUACUAGCAAAUCAGAGGUUAAACUAACCCCUUUCCAGGCCCAGGAGGAGCUGGAAAGAACUACCUUUGGCCCCAAGGCCUGAGGUUUCCCAACCCUGUCCUAAGUCUUCCAAAAAAUUGGGCUGGCAAAGCCGUAACUGGGCAUAACCCUGAUCUGUACCACUUUAGUUUACACGUCCAGUUACUUUCUACAGAUUGCGCUGUCAGAACCUUGAGGGAAUUUGGUAGCCUUCCCCAAGUGGCGGUUACAGUUCAGUUGAAGUUAUUUGGGAAACUGCUUCUUCUCAUUGUUUCCACAUCUUGUUUACAACAGCUGGGAAUACUAUGUGCACGAUGCCCCUCGGAUCGUCUUGGACAAGCUGGAGAAGCGUGGUUAUCGUGUGAUCAGCAUGACGGGAGUGGGCCAGACACUGGUGUGGUGCCUCCACAAAGAAAGUACAGAGAACUCUGAUUUUCUCUCUGCUCAAGAUAUUGCUGUAAAUCGCCCAGCAUAGUCCUGCCUUCGUUUUCCAGCGUGUUACUUGUUUUAAGGCAUUAUGAAACAUAGGUACCACUACCACAAGCGCAUCAUAGGAAGGUGGCCCAGUUAGGGCUGGCGUUGGCCUGAAGAGAUCAAUCCUUUUUGAGCAUUAAUUGGAAUGCCAGUCCAGAACUGCCAAUAUAGCAGCAUUAUCCUCAUUUGUUCCUUUUGAAUGAUGAAAAGCUGGCAUUAAAGUAACUCUCUCAGGCUAGAGUGGCUGAGGGGAGAAAAGGCCAAGCUUAUAAGUUUGUUACUUUGCUGAGAAAGGGGUGGGUGCUGCUGCAGAACAAGUUGAUCACCAGUAAGCACAGCAUAUCUCCAAGCUGAAAAUAAUCUAGGGUGAACUCAAGUUAACGAGUAUGAAUAGAAUCCUGAAUGUGGUUUUUUUAGUUACCCCUUCUAUAUGCAAACUGGAAAAUGGAGGCGAAAGGUCCUGUAAAUAUUUGAACAUCAGUUUUGUAAUUGUACCAGUCCAUUCAUUGCUGGGAUUAUUUGGAACUGUGUUUAUGCAGUUAGCCAUUCUUAAAAUAGCUGGCAAAAUAAAAUAAUUUAACAAACAGA